AUGAAAUUUUACAACAAGCACUCGCCCUUGCUGUUACUUUUGCUGCCGUCCCUGGCUACCGCUCUGUCGCCCCGAGCAGUUACCCCAGUCAAGCAUGCGUCCAAAUCUUUGGCCUCAUCAACUGCUUCCAGCAAAGCAGAUGACGCCGCUACGUCAAAAUCCGGCACAGCGAGCCGGUACAACGCCGCUGCGAACGGUGUUCCUAUAGACCGCAAGGAUGGAAAGCCUCAUCAAGGUCCUUUUGUCGAGACGGAUGGUGUGGCUGUAGAUGCCACGGGGCAGAAACUGCCCAAGUUGAAAGGGAGACCCGACGACCCAACCUUGGUUGACGGGCAAAAGAUCCCCAAGAUGAACGACGGCGUCAUGUUUGAUAAAAAUCGCGAUCGUCCCGAAAAGGGCAUCUCCACUGGCACCGAAGGCGGCGUCACGGAGAAGGACAAGGCACGCAAAGAAAAGGAGGGCAAGACGGGUGAAAAGGCGGUGACGAAACCUGAAGCGCCCAAGGAACAGCCCCCGCUUCCGCAUAGCGAAGAACGUAAACUCCGGGGCAAAGAAGACGAAGGAGACAAGGCAAAACAGUCGGCUCACAAGGAAGAAGGCAAUACAGACUACACCGGUCUAAAUAAACCGGAUGACUUGCCCGAUAUUCCAGGGGACAAGAAAUCAAAGUCUACCACCGGCGGUACGGUCAAGGAUCCCCUCGAUCACCUGCCGAGGCCCUCGAAAGAGACGAGCAAGACAGCUUCGAAAUCAAAAUCGCCAGUUACGGAAGAAAAGGACGAAGGCAUCAUCCAACCAUUUCAUUCAUCGGUCCUGUCCUUUACCAUGAUUUUGGUUUCCGAGAUUGGAGACAAGACCUUCCUUGUAGCCGCUCUUAUGGCAAUGAAGCAUGACCGUAUGGUUGUCUUCUCGGCGGCGUUUGGGGCCCUCUUUGUCAUGACAGUCUUGUCGGCUGUGCUUGGUCACGCCGUUCCCACGCUCAUCCCGAAGCGUCUCACCAGCUUCCUUGCUUCCGGGUUGUUCUUUGCAUUCGGAGCCAGAAUGCUCAUGGAGGGGAUGAAGAUGAAUCCCAACGAAGGCGUAUCAGCAGAGAUGCACGAGGUCGAGCAGGAACUUGCCGAAAAGGAAAAGGAGAUGAACAGGACGCGUAAUGGCAGUGUUUCAGCCUACAGCCUGGAGAUGGGACUCGGCGACAGGGCCUCUCGAUCGAAGAACCGUUUCCCAUCAGCACCACGCUCACCAUCACAGUCUCCGUGCCGCAGUCCUGUCAGACGAUCCGGAUCCAUGAGUGGGUUCGCUCAAGGCGUCAGCAACCUAUGCUCUCUCCUUCUCAGCCCUGCGUGGGUACAGACGUUUGUCAUGACCUUUCUGGGCGAAUGGGGAGAUCGAAGUCAGAUUGCCACCAUUGCCAUGGCGGCCGGUCAGGAUUACUGGUGGGUGACGCUGGGUGCGACUUGUGGCCAUGCCAUAUGCACUGGUGUUGCUGUCAUUGGUGGACGAGCUAUUGCCGGGCGUGUGAGCCUGAAGAUGGUCACCGUCGGCGGAGCCAUUGCUUUCAUCGCCUUUGGACUCAUCUAUUUCUUCGAGGCUCUUUACGCAUAG